GCGCGGGGCCUGGAACACGCCGCGCGAGCCGCCCCCGCCCCUCCCCCCUGACGCCCACGCGGAGCCGGCCCCGCGCGCGCCCCGCGCACCCCCGCGCCUGCGCGCUGCCCAGGCCCUGCCCGAGUGUGGGGGGCGCCGCCGGCCCCGGGGGGGUGGGGGAGCUAUAGGGGGGGAAAACCCAGCGCGCGGAGCCGGGCCAGGGUUGCCCAUUCCCGCCACAAUGGCCUCUGGGGUGGAAGUCCUGCGCUUCCAGCUGCCUGGCCACGAGGCCGCUACGCUGCGGAACAUGAACCAGCUCCGGGCUGAGGAGCGGUUCUGCGACGUGACCAUUGUGGCCGACAGCCUCAAGUUCCGUGGCCACAAGGUCAUCUUGGCCGCCUGCUCGCCGUUUCUUCGGGACCAGUUCUUGCUGAACCCCAGCUCCGAGUUGCAGGUCUCCCUGAUGCACAGCGCACGCAUCGUGGCCGACCUGCUCCUCUCCUGCUACACGGGCGCCCUGGAAUUUGCUGUCAGGGACAUCGUCAACUAUCUAACAGCUGCCUCCUACCUGCAAAUGGAGCACGUGGUGGAGAAAUGCCGGAAUGCCCUCAGCCAGUUCAUUGAACCCAAAAUAGGCCUCAAGGAGGAUGGGGUCAGCGAGGCUAGCCUCGUGAGCAGUGUCAGUGCCACCAAAUCUCUCCUCCCUCCAGCCAGGACCCCAAAGCCAGCUCCCAAGCCCCCGCCCCCACCUCCUCUACCCCCUCCUCUCCUCCGGCCUGUGAAGCUGGAGUUUCCACUGGAUGAGGAUCUAGAACUGAAGGCCGAGGAGGAGGAGGAGGAUGAGGAUGAGGAUGUGUCGGACAUCUGCAUCGUGAAGGUGGAGUCUGCCCUUGAGGUGGCUCACCGGCUCAAACCCUCCGGAAGCCUAGGAGCAGGUCUGGGUAUUGGGGGCUCUGUGAGCGGCCACCUUGGGGAGCUGGCCCAGAGCAGUGUGGCCCCCAGCGCUGUAGCUCCACCUCAGGGAGUGGUAAAGGCCUGCUACAGCCUGUCCGAGGAUGCCGAAGGGGAGGGCCUGCUGUUGAUUCCUGGAGGCCGGGCCAGUGUGGGGGCCACUUCGGGCCUGGUGGAAGCAGCAGCGGUGGCCAUGGCUGCUCGGGGGGCGGGGGGCAGCCUGGGGGCAGGGGGUAGCCGGGGACCCUUGCCAGGGGGCUUUUCAAGUGGAAACCCUUUAAAGAACAUCAAGUGCACCAAGUGCCCGGAAGUGUUCCAGGGUGUGGAGAAGUUGGUCUUCCACAUGCGUGCACAACAUUUCAUCUUCAUGUGCCCACGCUGCGGCAAGCAGUUCAACCACAGCAGCAACCUCAACCGCCACAUGAACGUGCACCGUGGCGUCAAGUCGCACUCGUGUGGCAUCUGUGGCAAGUGCUUCACACAGAAGUCCACGCUGCACGACCACCUCAAUCUACACUCAGGAGCGCGGCCCUACCGCUGCUCCUACUGCGACGUGCGCUUCGCCCACAAGCCUGCCAUUAGGCGGCACCUCAAGGAGCAGCACGGCAAGACCACAGCCGAGAAUGUGCUGGACGCCAGUGUGGCGGAGAUCAAUGUCCUCAUCCGCUAGCAGGGCCAGGAGGCUGGGGUCCUUGGGCUGGGUAGGAAGAGGGCUCCUGAGCUUGGCAGAAUUGGGGGGAAUCUGGGUAUCCUGGGAAGACAUAUACAUCCUAAGGGAGAAGGGAGGAAGAUUCUUUGGUGAGAAGACCCUGCCUCUUGGAGAAGAAAAGGAUGGGACCAGAGGUGGGGUUCUUCGACAAGUCCAAGAGAAUAUUGGGUCUCCGAGAAAGAUUUCUUGUAGAGGUGCAUGGAUAUGUGGAG